AAAUCAAAUCUUGAUUGUAAAAUGGCGGCUGAGAAGGAAAGAGGAGUAGAAUGGAGGAUCAAUGUGGCGGAUGGGACGUCGAGAGCUCUAGAAGCGGAGAGCAGGUUCGGGUUGCAGAGGUUCAUGUCCAAGGUGGGCAGUUUCUUUCAGAGAGCAUGGAGGAUAGGAGUAAACGAGCCAAAGAAAUCGAUACAUUGUGUUAAGGUGGGUGUGGCACUCUCUCUUGUUUCACUAUUCUAUUACAUGAGGCCCUUGUAUGAGGGAGUUGGCGGAAACGCUAUGUGGGCUGUCAUGACUGUCGUCGUCGUCUUUGAGUACACCGUUGGGGCGACGCUUAGUAAAUGUGUGAAUAGAGCAACCGGGACUUUGUUGGCGGGAGCAUUGGGAGUUGGUGUUCACUGGGUUGCUAGCCAAGCUGGAGAGAGGUUUGAGCCCAUAAUUCUUCAAACCUCAGUUUUUCUUCUAGCUACUGCAGCGACAUUCUCGCGUUUCAUUCCAUCUAUAAAGGCUCGAUUCGACUAUGGGGCAAUGAUCUUCAUCCUCACCUUCAGCCUCAUAUCAGUUUCUGGCUACCGUGUGGAGAAGCUCUUUGAGAUGGCUCAUCACAGACUCUCCACCAUUGCCAUAGGCACCUCCAUCUGUAUCAUCACAACCAUUGUUUUCUUCCCUGUUUGGGCAGGAACUGAGCUCCAUUACCUUAUCACCAACAACAUGGACAAGCUAUCUGAUUCCUUAGAUGGAUGUGUGACUGACUAUUUCAGUAGUAACAGUCAAACUUCAGAGAAAACAUUGCAAGGAUACAAAUGCGCCCUUAAUUCUAAGGCCGCUGAAGAAUCCUUGGCAAAUUUCGCAAGAUGGGAGCCGGCACAUGGCAAGUUCAAUUUCGGACAUCCAUGGUUAGAGUAUGUCACGGUUGGAGCUUCAAUCAGAAGCUGUGCUUACUGCAUCGAGGCGCUUAAUGGAAGCAUGAAUUCGAAGGCUAAGGUUCCGGAUGUAUUCAAGAAGCAUUUCGGUAACUUUUGUGUGAGACUGAGCAAUAAAUCCUCUGCGGUGUUGAAAGAACUUGCUGUUGUGAUGAGCACCAUGAAGAAACCAACAAAGAUAGAUUUCAUGGUGGAGGAGAUGAAGAGUGCAGUUCAAGAGCUCGAGAACGCCCUGAAAUCACUGUCAAAACAGCCCAUCCAGACGGCUGAGGCCAAGGCCGGAGAUGUUGUCACCCUGGUAGAAGUAGUUCCGUUAGUGACAGUUUCGUCAUUGCUGAUAGAGAUCGCGGCCAGAACAGAAAAACUUGCAGGGGCAGUGAAUGGAGUGGCGGAGAAGGCUGAAUUCGAGGUUGAAACUUCUGAGGAAGCAAAGAAAGGACAGAAGUUGAAAGGAGGGAAGAAGAUUGGUCAAGAAGAUGAAGAAGACAAGGCGAUGAAGACCCUUCAGAAGGUCUGAGUUUGUGAGAAAAGAACCAAAUUAUGCUUUUUCUUUAGUAAGUUGGUUUCUUAUAGGAGAUGACCAUGUAUAGCAAAGGAAA